UACAUUCCCUCCCGGUGGAUGCAGCAGGGAUUACAAGUUGCUGCCCAGCUGUACCAUAUCAGCUGAUUGCCCUAAUACAGCAGCUGAAAGGGGGGAAGGAGACAGUGGAGAGAAGAGAGACAACACCAGAGAAGACAGUAUGAGUGGUCAAAGUCCUGCAGCCAGUAAUGGCAUUACUCCACUCCAGCAGAUGGUGGCGUCCUGCUCUGGAGCCAUCCUCACAUCUCUGUUUGUAACACCUUUGGAUGUCGUGAAGAUCAGACUGCAAGCGCAGAAAAAUCCUUUCCCCAAAGGGAAAUGCUUUGUCUACUGCAAUGGACUUAUGGAUCACAUAUGUGUGUGUGACAACGGCAACUCCAAGGCCUGGUACAAAGCCCCCGGUCACUUCAACGGCACACUGGAUGCCUUCGUCAAGAUAGUUCGCCAUGAAGGAACAAAAGCAUUAUGGAGCGGUCUACCUCCAACCCUCGUGAUGGCAGUCCCUGCUACAGUGAUCUACUUCACAUGCUACGACCAGCUGUGUGCAGCGCUGAGGGUCAGGAUGGGAGACUACUCUCAGGAGGCUCCUCUUCUGGCAGGAGCCAUCGCUAGAGUGGGUUCAGUGACAGUGAUCAGCCCUCUGGAGCUGAUCCGUACGAAGCUGCAGUCUCAGAAACAAUCAUACAGGGAGCUGACUGACUGCAUCCGCUCCGCAGUGCGGACAGAGGGCUGGCUGUCUCUGUGGCGAGGUUUGGGGCCCACGCUCUUCAGGGACGUGCCCUUCUCGGCCAUGUACUGGUACAACUACGAGAAGUGCAAGAGCUGGCUGUGUGAGCUGUAUAACACCAGAGAACCCACGUUUACCAUUACCUUCGUAUCUGGAGCGGUGUCGGGCUCUUUUGCUUCUAUUGUAACAUUACCUUUCGAUGUUGUCAAAACGAGAAGGCAGGUGGAGCUGGGAGAGCUACAAGCAAAGAAUUUGUCCCGUCAGGUCUCCACCUUCAGCGUGAUGAGCAAGAUUGUGGCGCAGUACGGCUUCGCUGGACUGUUUACAGGUUUCAUUCCAAGAGUGAUCAAAGUGGCUCCGGCCUGCGCCAUCAUGAUCAGCACUUAUGAGUUUGGAAAAGCCUUUUUCCUGCAACACAACCAGGAGAGGAUACUCGGGUCACUGCAGACCAGUAACACCGGAUAGAUUUCCAGUCAUUUCUCUCCAAACCAAACACAACUACUGCUAGACUUUACCUGUACAAGGUGAUAGGCUCACGCAGCCAAACUAAAAACAAGUAGAAAUAGAAGUGAAGGAAAUGAUGAACUGCUUGACCCAUUUCUGAAUGACAAGAUUUAUAUGAAAUUCUUUUUAUUAGUAUUUAUAAUUUAAUAUUCUAUGAUUUUAUGUUUUAUAAUCCUGCGGGCACAACUGAAAAGAAAUAAUGUUUUGUCUCAUCAGUGUUCAAAUCACGUUUUUUGAUCCAUUUCACAGCCAGCAGAUUGCACCCACAGUUAUGUUAAUAAUGUGUCAUUGUCAAAUCAUACUGGGAUCGAGUGCACUGUGCCUGAAGUUCUUUCAUUAGAGAUGAAAGAUUAAUCUGUGAAUACGUGUGUGACAUAGAAACAAACACACUGAAAAGCCAAAAUCGUACCAGCGUAAAACUACGAGAGUGUUUUUUCAUUUUAACAAGAGACUGGAAGAUGACUGUGACGUCUCAAAUGUUCAAUAUACAUACCUGAUGUUCUUCGGGAAUUAUUUUGAA